GGAGCCCGAGCCGAGGAACGGCGAGCGCGUCGUCUUCGGCGCGCACCUUGAUCGCGGGCUGGGUCUGCCGGCCUCGCCCUUCUUCCGGCAAUUCCUCGACCACUUCGGCCUUCAGCCGCACCACCUGCCGGCCAACGCGUGCGUCCUCCUGAGCUGCUUCGUAGCGUUCAUGGAGGCUUACGCCGGCUUGUGGCCCGACAUCGACUUCUGGAGCCGGCUCUUCUUCUUGAAGGCGCAGACCAACGACGGCCGCCUGCGAGCCUGCGGCGCCGCCUCGAUCUACACCCGACCUGGUACGCCUUUCCCCAAGAUCCCCACCGUCGACUCGGUGAAGAACUGGCAAAUGUCAUUCUUCUACGUGCGCAACGAGGGGGAGCUCGUCGACCGGAUCAACCUGCCGGAGUUCAAUCCGGCUCCUCCAGUCGGCCGGAUCAACUGGAGCCACAACGCCCGCUCGACGGACCAGAACGCCGAGGUGAACCUGCUCUGGGAUCUCCUGGCGACAGCCACCGCUGGCGGGCUGACUGCCGAAGAUCUCCUCUGCACUAUCGCCGAGCGCCGGGUGCUGCCGCUCCAGAUGCGCACCCACAAGAUCGGGCACAUGUCCGGCCGGCUCGAUCCGAACCGGACGUCCAAGGUGCCGCUCACCAAGGCCCAGGUGGCCAGCCGGGUGAACCACAUCACCAAGGCGAACCUGGCGGAGGACUGGAGCUACGGGCUGGUGCCCUGCGACAGGAACCAUCCACCGGCGCGGGUUUUUGAGCGCCAGAACGCCGAGGACGGCGACCUGGCGACGAAGAGGUGGACGCCGGAUCUUGUCGAUCCGGCUGACCAAGCCGGCGAACACGCCGGCGACGACGACCUGCCGCAGGCGCCUGAUCUAGGCGGCCAGGGGGAGCACAAUCCGCCCCCUUCACCAGAGCACCAGGAGGAGGAGGAGCCGGCGACGUCCGGCACGGGGCCAAUCCCCGCCGUGCCCCUGCGCACGAGGCCGCCCAGCACCACGGCGACUUCGGCGCCCAAGGGCGCGAAGAGAGCCGGCUCCACCGCCGCCGCGGAGUCGAGGGCGAAGAAGCAGCGCCGGCAGCCGCCGAAGAAGGUCCCGGAGCAAGCCGGGGCCCCUAUCAAGUUUGCCCAGGGCGGCGGCUCCCGGCAAGCUCCGCGCGUUGUGUCGCCGCUUCCGCGCCAGAGGAGGGAGCAGACGCCGCAGCCUUCCUCGCGCGCACCUACGCCGCCGCCGCCUGCGACAGGGGCUUCUUCCUUCGCCGUGCCGUUGGCCUCCGCGCCGGAUCGCGGCACGCGGGUCGAGCCAACGCGGCAGCCGACGCUGGACGACAUGUUCCCGCGCCGGACGCCUCUUCCGGACCCAGCCGGCCGGGGCCGGGCGGGGCAUGCCGCCUUCAACCGGAGCCGGAGCCGGCGGGGGCUGCUCCUAGGACCGGCGCCGGCAGGGCCGCGCCGCCUGCGGCCGGAGCCGGCAGCAGGCCCACCGUGGUGGAGUUGGACGAGAGUCCGGAGGGCGCCCCGGGCGCCGGAGACAACCGGGCCGGCUGGGCCAUCCGCUGCGCCCGGAGCGACGCCGCCGCCGCAGCCGACACCAGAGGAGCCGGCCAGGCAGGAGCCGGCAAGGGACGAGCCGGCGCGCACUGGGGACGCUGACUCGCGCGCGCUGGUGAGGACGGAGGGCCCAGCGGGCCCGUCUGAGGGCCUUCAUGUGGCCAAGGGUGCCCGGUUGGUGGCUGUGCCGUCUGCCUCCGACUCCAGCUUCGGCUCGGCAGGAACCAUGGAGAGGGCAUGGCAUCAGGCGAAUUCCUGCGAGGUACUCAGCCGGGAGGGGCAGCCUGGCACGGCGCCCAUGAAGAUGCUUUUCUCCGGCUACCGCGCCAGCCUCAAGACCAAGGCCGCCGAGACCCUUGCCCAGCUGGCGACGCUGGAGGAUGCUGAGAAGACGGUUGAGGAGCGGCGCACCGUCUUGUACAACCAGGUGGUGACCAGCUACCACCGGGCCAAGAUCGAGCGGGCCGCCUUGGCUCGUGAGCUGGAGGCCGUCAAGGCUGAAGCCGCCAAAGUCCCUCAGCUGGAGUCGGAUCUCCGAGCCGCUCGCGCGCAGUGCGCCGAGAGCGAGGAGGCGGGCCGAUCCGCCGCCGGCAAGCUCAAGCUGGCUGAGCAGGAGCUGACACGGCUGCGCCUGCUGGAGAAGAACCACAUCGCCGAGCUCAACUCCCUCAGGUCGGCGGAGAAGGAGAAGGUGGAUGAUCUGAGCCGGCGGCUGUCGGAGGUGGAGAAGCAGCGGCUUGCGCUGCAGGAGGAGGUCACUGUCAAGUCCACGGAGCUGACGGCUACCGCCAAGCGCUGGACCGACGAUUUCAGCGCGCUUGAUCGCGGCUUGGCGGCGGCCUUCCCGGAGACGCAGGAGGCGGCUUUGGCAGCCGUUGGCGUCGCGCGCGAUUCCAGGAGGCGGGAAACCGGCGAGGGCAGCUCGGAGUAUUUCUCCAUGGAGGAUCAUCUGGCGUCCAUGGCUGCCCGCAUCGAGCCCGUCACCAAGCUCGGCUGGGAGCUGCGGAAGGCGGCCGAAGAGCUGGUGCCCAUGCUGUGGCCUGGGGAGGCGGCGCCGCAAGACAUCUCCGGCCUCAUCUCCUCGAUGGAGCAGGCGCCGGACCGCUUCCUCGACUGGAAGGAGUCGGCCACGCGCGCCGGUGCCGAUAUGGCGCUGUCCUUCGUCCUCUCCUGGUACAACGAGGUGGACCUGGGGCAGCUUGAGUUCCGGCGAGCCGGCGUGGAGGACAAGCUCCCAGCCGACUUCAAGGCCGCCCGCCUUGCUCGGGCCAGCACCAUCGCCGACUUCGUCGACAAGACGCUCUUCGUCGCGGACCCGAACCCUCCUCCAUCCGAUGGAGAAUACAUGGAUGACGAGGAGGCGGAAGAUGUGCCUGAGGGCGACCCGGCCGCCGGCUCCACUGAUGCCCCUCCGGCUUAGAUUUCCUGCUUUUCAGCUGUUCCUUUGCAAGACAGUUUAUUAAAUCCCCGG